AUUUGAACGAUUAUGUUUCAAAUUAUGGACAAUGAAAAUUUACUUGUAUUAUUUAGUUAGUUACUUUGUUUCGCAGUCUAAUUAUUAACUAAGUAUGUGGCUAGUUUUGACUUUUGUGUUAUUUUUCUCUGAAAAAUGUUCAGCCAUCGGUAUUGUUGCUCCUACAAAACUGAACCAACUCUUACAGCUUAAAAUCUCCAAUGGACUGAUACAAGGAAAAGAAGAAAGAUCGUUCAACGGUGUUAAAUAUUUUAGUUAUGUAGGGAUACCCUACGCUGAACCGCCAAUAAAUGACUUGAGAUUUAGAGCUCCUGUACCGAUAAGUAACUGGUCUACUGUACUAGACGCGACGGUUCCAGGACCCUGUUGCGCAGGUGUUAAUUUACCAAAGCUCACAGGAAGUUUUCAAAUGGUGCCAGAUGGGGAAGAAGAUUGUUUAUAUUUGGAUGUCUAUACUCCAAGAAAGCCAACAGGGGGGGCUUUCAAGAAACCUUUAGCAGUAAUGGUGUUUUUCUACGGAGGCGGAUUUAUCAGUGGAUGCGCGAAAGAAUACGGACCAGACUUUUUUAUAGAAAACGAUGUUGUUUUGGUCGUACCAAAUUUUAGGAUAUCUGUUUUUGGUUUUCUCAGUACAGAAGACAUGGAAAGCCCAGGAAACUGGGCGACCAAGGACCAAAUAGAAGUUUUGAAAUGGGUCAAGUUUAAUAUUAAGGCAUUCGGUGGCGAUUCUAAAACAGUUACUAUUUUUGGUCAAAGUGCUGGCGCAGCAAACGUAAACAUGCUUUUGUUAGCACAAAGAGCGAAAGGCCUUUUUCACAGAGCAAUAAUGAUAAGUGGCUGUAGUCUUGGGUUUUGGUCCUAUCAAGUUCAACCCAGGCAAGUAGCCUUCGAUAUAGGAGUGGCUGUAGGCAUCGAGACAAACGACACUAAGAUAUUAAUGGAAAAGUUACGACAAGUUGACUUCAGAAAACUAAUUGAAAGUCAUACUUCCGCCAUAAUGAUUAAUAUGCUAUCUAUAAUACAGAAUGGCUUACCUUUCGCCCAUUCCUUGGAACCAAUGCACCAGCAAGCAGUAUUGAUGGAUUAUCCAUAUCAGGUAAUGGAAAAAGGCGAAUUCAGCAGGGUGCCGGUAAUGAUGGGAGUUACAACCUUGGAAGCGGCUUCACUAAAAAAUGUUGUCCGUUUGAUAAAGCCUCUACUGGUAAUUUUUAACCUCAGUCCAGGUUUAAUGGUCAGAUUUACUAGAGAUCAUAAAAAUAGAACCAUUGUAGCAAACAAAAUUAAACAAUUCUUUUUCAAUACCACUGAUAUGCUUGAAGUAGAUGAAUUGGAUUUGUUAAAGUAUUUAUCGGAUGAUGCUUAUUAUCGUCCAAUGAGGAAGGCCGCUUCUCUGAUCUCAAAACACAAUCCUGUUUAUUUUUAUCAAUUUUCCUAUAAAGGACAACUUGCUAUAGAGUUAAUGAGGAAGCUUGUGGGAAUGGAAGAUUUCAUUCGGGACUUUGAUGGUGUCGCUCAUACAGAGGAUAUUGCUUACCUGUUCAGAAGCAAACUUUUCGAACCAAAAUAUUUCAAAAAAGAAAUGAAAAUUAUAAAGAAAAUGACCAAGAUUUACACGAAUUUCGCGAAAUAUGGAAAUCCAACUCCAAUUCAAGAUACACUCCUGGAUAAUGUGACGUGGCCUAGAGUAACAUCUGCUGAUGGACAAUUAUUUCCAUACAUAGAUCUAGGUGAACGUUUCAAAAACGUCGUUUCGACAAAUUUUGACGAAGAGAAUUUCCAAUUUUGGAAUCAUGUAUUUCAAGAGUAUGCUGAUGAACCAUAUAUUACUUAUUAGAUUAGUAUUAUUUUCAUACUUAUUAACAAUAGCACUUUUGCAACAUACUUAGAUCUAGACACAAAGAAUAUAGUGAGGUCCCUGAA